GUUCAGAGUCAGAGGAUUUGUUUAUCGGCUUGUGUUAUAAUAUUGUUCUAUUUGUCGAAAUUAAUCCAAAUCUAUCAAUAAUCUUGCAUUUACUGAAACGAAAAAUAGCCGCUGUAACACUGCGCUGAUAUCAUAAAAGACUACUUGUUAUAUCUUAGUGGUUUGAAGUGCAAUGAAGAGUUUGUAACCUACAACACAUUUGAUUACAAACAAACUAUACAAUGGGUGUAACAGUAUUACAACAGUACCCCGUCCCAGAGAACAAGACUGGUACAUAUGUGAUAGAGCUGCUAACUAAACGGAUACUGGCUCUCGGAGCAACUCAGCAGGGGCAGUUCCUGGUUGAUUGCGAGAGCUAUUUGUCACAUCCGCAAAUGGGAACAACAAAAACAGUUCACAUAUUUCACAAUUCGGAACAACCAGCAUCUGUCUUCUCAAUCCUCGAUACUGGCGCCAAGAACAUCCACGUCAUAGCUGAUGGCUUAUUUGACUUGCUGAUGAUGAAACUGUCACAGAAUUACACUUCUAAGAAACAAACGAAGAUUGAGAGUAAGGGACCGAGGUUUGAGCUCGGCGAUUUCUGCGUAAAGCUUGGUUCGGUCACAAUGAAUCAGAGUUUUAAGGGAAUUCUUGUUGAGGUGGAAUAUCGCCCAUGUGUAACAGCAAACGCCGUAUGGGGGUUACUCCGAGAAUUCCUCCAGGGUCUACUAGGACCCUCAGUGCCAGUCCAGCCACCACAGCACCUGCUAAGCCGGAUGAACGAGAUAUAUACUCCGAUAGAUACCAUCUACCAGUACUUAGAACAUUUUAGUGCUUAUAGGAAAAUUACUGGGAUGAGAAGUGCGUAGUGUAAAGGGUUUUGUUCGAGUGUGAUAGUUUUAAGUUAUGUAAUAAUAAAAUAUUUUUUACAUUA